AUGUGUUCGGAUGGGAACUGGAAAAAUCACGCCUGGACCCAUUCCGAUGCCGGUCCUUCCUUGGAUGGAAAUUCCCCCAUGCAAAUGCUGAAACACGUUCACAGGCAGAAUCAUUUGGAUGCAAGCGAAGGGCCUCUUUCAAGUCAACCUCAGCCGGAGUACUGGUGUUCGAUUGCGUACUUCGAACUUGACCAGCAGGUUGGCGAAACAUUCAAGGUUUCAUCGGCCUCUCCGAGUGUUACUGUAGACGGAUACGUUGACCCCUCGGGUGGAAAUCGCUUCUGUCUUGGCGCUCUGUCCAAUGUGCAUCGCAUAGAGCCCUCCGAACGUGCACGCUUACACAUUGGCAAAGGGGUGCAGCUUGAUCUUCGGGGAGAAGGAGAUGUUUGGCUCAGAUGCAUGUCGGAUCACAGUGUCUUCGUGCAGAGUUAUUAUUUGGACAGAGAAGCUGGAAGAAGUCCCGGUGACGCUGUGCACAAAGUCUAUCCAGCCGCCUACAUCAAGGUUUUCGAUUUAAGACAAUGCUAUCGACAAAUGCAGCAGCAAGCUGCUACGGCGCAUGCAGCUGCUGCAGCCCAAGCCGCUGCUGUAGCUGGACACAUCCCAGGUCCGAAUUCUGUUGGGGGAAUAGCACCUGCUAUCAGCCUGAGUGCCGCAGCAGGCAUCGGUGUGGAUGACUUGCGAAGACUUUGUAUUUUACGCCUGAGUUUCGUCAAGGGUUGGGGUCCAGAUUAUCCGAGAACAACGAUCAAACAAACUCCUUGCUGGAUUGAAGUCCACCUCCACCGAGCUCUGCAAUUGCUGGAUGAAGUCUUGCACACGAUGCCGGUUGAUGGUCCACGGCCUAUGGAGUAAUAAACUUCCAGCUGUGGUCGGAAAGGUUUCAGGAUCUCUGCUAACCUUUUGCAGCGGAGCUAGGGAGAUUUUUCGUUCAUCAAGUCUCAUACCAAGGCAUCGCAAAAGGACCAGUCUGGAAAGAACCCUUCGAAAUACGUUUUCCAUCGUGAGGUUAUUUAUUUCUACUGCAGUUCAUCGAUACCUCAGUGAGAAUUUUCCGGAAAAUGAAGCUUUCAAACGAAUGCCGAGUGGAAUGGAUAAAGUGAGUGGAGUUUUUCGGAAAAGCUGGGAAAAAGAGAAAUAUUCUAGUUUCAAAAUCGCUUGUUCAUGAAUAUUUCGAUGAACAAAGGCAACGGCUUUCCAACACUUGCUUUUGUUUGUUUUUGUCAUCUAAUCUAAAUCCAAUGGAACGAAGGGCUACGCGAAAUAGCAUACUCCGCAUCAGGCGUGGUAAGGACUGUUUGCAAAAGGUGCCUUUUGUUCGCGAGGACCCGUUAAUUUGGCGGAAGUUUGAUUCGAAAAUUUCGAAUUUUGUCUUGAAUUUCGAAGUGUACAACUUGAUUCCGCAUGAGUUGUCUUCCAAGAACCCGGUAAAAGCGUGAGCGUAUUUAGUUUUUAGUGCAAUUUUUUUGUGAAAAUGAGCGGUUUCCUGCGGACGUACUUCGAUUCUGAGAAUGAAGAACAACAAAUGCAUGAAAUUAUUUGAAUCUAGAUCCUCAUUUUUCUAUUUCACCAUUUUCUUGCUUGUUUCGUUGACGCUUGAUUGAUGACGAUCUUAAGAAGGUUUAUGGCGACAUUUGUGUGAAAUUUUUCGGAAAUUUCAAUUUUUAAGACAAAUUUCUUUUGUCAUGAAAGGAAAAAGUGCGUGAUUUUCGGACUCGUAAUAUUUUUUUAAGAAUUCCUGAGGGAUCUGAUUGAAUUAUAAGAAACUUCUACACUUUUAUCGCGGAUUUGUGUCAAUCUUCGAAUGAAUUGAACGGAGUGAGGAAAUUACUGUCUGAAAUCUGUAAUCGCUUUCAACAGGCGAAGGGUCUUAAUUAGGCAAAUUAUUUCUCCUUCGCGGUUUAAAGAUUUCGAAAUUUUUCAAGUCCAGGAUUGCUUUUUUUUUUUUUUUACUUACAGUACAUAGGUUGCUUUUUUUGUUGGAGCUGAUUUCUUGUUUUGCAGUUUGAAGCGAGGAUGAAAAUUCUCCUUUUUGAAAC